AAUUUACUUACAGUAUUAUUCAGUUUUUUUUUUAAAUUUAUUUAUAUUAAUGUAAAUAGAAGAAAACAAAUCUUGAAGUGAGAGGUCACAGGGUAUGGUCAAACACGCUGCUGUUAAUCUGUCUACUCUCCUGCCUACGGCAUGCAGAUGUUGAUCAAAGUAUUGGGAUCGGGAAGGUGAUCGUGCUUUUAAGUUGCAGUUCUAAGAAUAAAGAACAGCAUUUGAUAUUUCAGCCCUGUGUUAGGCAAUUUCAGUGAAAGUGAAAAUAUUUACUGUUGCAUAAAACUGAGUAAACCGUUGCAUGACGAUGGACCUGAAAAAUCCAGUGGAUUUAUUUCAGCCAGGACGUGUUCUAAAAAUCUGUGCCCCCAUGGUCCGUUACUCCAAAUUGGCUUUCAGAACUCUAGUUCGGAAGUACGAGUGUGACCUUUGCUUUACCCCAAUGAUCAUUGCAGAAAGCUUUGUUAAGUCUAUCAAAGCUAGAGACAGUGAAUUCACAACAAACCAAGCUGACGGUCCACUGAUUGUGCAGUUUGCUGCUAAUGAUCCUCAGGUGCUUGCUGAUGCUGCCAGUAUAGUUUCACCUUUUGCAGAUGGAGUGGAUUUGAACUGUGGAUGCCCACAAAGGUGGGCAAUGGCAGAAGGAUAUGGUGCUUGUCUAAUAAACAAGCCAGAGCUGCUUCGUGACAUGUUGAGGCAGGUCAGAAAUCAAAUUGAAAACCCCAACUUUUCAGUCUCCAUCAAAAUAAGAAUUCACAAAGAUAUUAAAACAACCGUUGAACUCUGUCGGAGGGCAGAAGCAGCUGGAGUUUCAUGGGUAACGGUCCACGGCAGAACUGCAGAGGAACGACAUCAGCCAGUCCACUAUGAUGCAAUUAAGAUAAUUAAAGAAAACAUGUCUAUCCCAGUGGUUGCAAAUGGAGACAUUAAAAAUCUUAAGGAUAUAGCAACCACUCAUCAGGUGACAGGGGUGGAUGGUGUAAUGGCUGCAAGAGGUUUGUUAGCAAACCCAGCAAUGUUUGCAGGCUAUGAAGAAACCCCUUUGGCGUGCAUCUGGGACUGGGUUGACAUUGCUUUGGAGCACGGGACUCCUUUUACAUGUUUUCAUCACCAUUUAAUAUACAUGAUGGAGAGGAUUACCUCCCAACAAGAAAAGAAAGUUUUUAAUGUGUUAUCAAGUACGUCGGCUGUUGUAGAUUAUUUGCAUGAGCAUUAUGGUUUCUAAGGUUUUUUUUAUUUUUAAUAAAAAUUUUAAAUGUGUACUUUGUGGAAUUUGUUUCUUGAAU